UCACUUCCUGUCUAACAUAGCCAGAGCCAGUUGAGUCCAGAUCACUGCUGCCGUACGUAGUAAAUCGUCGGUCUGUUUCACUGAGCUGUCAUCAUCGUUCGGGUUACCUUCAGCGCUGGCUGUCUGCUGCUUUGGCAAUAUUUUCCCACUGAACUCCGACCAGUUCCCGUUUCAGCAACGUUUUCCUUCAGAUAACAGCUGCUCCCUUCUCAUCAUGACUCGAAGGUGAUCUUCAGAGUUUCCAGGUGGUUCUGGGGUUCCAGGUUGGUGUUGUGAGAGAGCAAGCUACCUGUGGGGAGGUGGACCGCCUGGAGCAUUGUGUCCCUAGUUUUCAAGAGGCUAAGGAAGGGGUUAGGCAAACUGUUCUGCAACAUGGAGAAGGGAGACUUAAAGAUCCUCAACAAGGGGGAAGAGGAGGAGAUGGAGCUACAAGGCUACCGCCUGUGUCGUUGGCGGCUGGCCCUAGUGGGCUUCGGGGUGUUCUGUACGGGAGGCUUCCUUCUCUUGCUGCUGUAUUGGAUGCCACAAUGGUGCGUCAAGUCCACCUGCACCCGUACCACUGCCCGUGAUGCUGAAGUGGUGCUGCUGCGCUCCACGGAUGAAUUCCGGCGCUGGUUCCUGGCCAGGGUACGAGUGAUGCUUGCACCGGGGAGCAACCCCUUCCACAGCCUGGAGACCCAGACCACCUCCCCCUCCCCCCCUUCCUCUCACUCCUGCACCUUCUCCAACUCUGCCUCCCCCCCUCUGGCCAAAGGACAAACUCCUCACCCCUCCAAUGGCAGACCGGCUCAGGAGCUCAUCACAAAAUUUUCUGACUACCAACCCACACAGAUUCGUUAUUUUACCUUCCAUAGCACAAAGUAUUAUUGGAACAACGAGGUGCAAAACUUUAAAGUUUUAACCGGUCUGGAGGAUCUGCAGGUCAGUUGCUCCACGCUCCACCUGGAGCACACAGCGGGCCUGAGCAGGAACCUGCAAGAGUACAGGAGAUUGUUCUUUGGAGUGAAUGAAAUUGCGGUGAAAGUGCCUUCAGUUUUCAAGCUGCUUAUCAAAGAGGUCCUCAACCCUUUUUACAUCUUCCAGCUCUUCAGUGUGAUCCUGUGGAGUGCCGAUGAGUAUUACUACUAUGCUGUGGCCAUUGUUUUCAUGUCAGUUAUAUCCAUAGCUACCUCUUUGUACACCAUCAAAAAGCAAUACAUCAUGCUUCAUGAUAUGGUGGCAGCUCACAGUGUUGUCCGUGUGUCUGUUUGCCGAGCCAAUAACGAAAUCGAAGAGAUCUUGUCCACUGAUCUGGUGCCCGGUGAUGUGAUGGUGAUCCCUAGAAAUGGGACCAUCAUGCCGUGUGAUGCUGUGCUGAUCAGCGGCACCUGCAUCGUCAAUGAAAGCAUGCUCACAGGUGAGAGCGUUCCUGUGACAAAGACGAACCUCCCUAACCCGGCGUCAGGACAGCAAGGGGAGGUCGAUGAUGCCUACAACACCGAGGAGCAUAAGAGACACACGCUCUUCUGCGGCACCAACGUCAUCCAAACCCGCUUCUACACAGGAGAGCUGGUCAAGGCGGUGGUGAUCUGCACAGGUUUCAGCACAGCCAAAGGCCAGUUGGUGCGCUCUAUCCUUUACCCCAAACCCACCGACUUCAAGCUGUAUCGUGAUGCCUACCUCUUUCUGCUGUGUCUGGUGGCUGUGGCUGGAAUCGGCUUCAUCUACUCCAUCGUCCUCAGCAUCUUGAACAAGGUGCCAGCAAAAACCAUCAUUAUUGAAUCUCUGGACAUCAUAACCAUCACAGUGCCACCAGCGCUGCCUGCGGCCAUGACGGCUGGAAUCGUGUACGCUCAGCGGCGUCUCAAACACAUAGGCAUCUUCUGCAUCAGCCCUCAGAGGAUCAAUCUUUGCGGGCAGAUCAAUCUGGUCUGCUUUGAUAAGACUGGAACUUUGACAGAAGAUGGAUUAGACCUGUGGGGAGUUCAGAGAGUUGAGAAUGGCAGUUUCCACCAGUCAGAAGAAAAUGCCUACAAGGAAAAUCUUGUCAAGUCCCCGUUUGUGGCUUGCAUGGCCACCUGCCACUCCCUCACCAAAAUAGAUGGCCAGCUUUCUGGAGACCCAUUAGACCUCAAGAUGUUUGAGGCUACCGGCUGGAUCCUGGAGGAAGCCACUGAAGAGGAAACGUCUCUCCAUAAUCGGAUCAUGCCCACUGUAGUUCGACCACCAAAGCAGCUGCUGCCCCCAGAACCGGUUCUGUCAGCAGAACAAGACAUGGAACUUUAUGAGAUUUCGUCGGUGUAUGAAAUCGGCAUUGUGCGGCAGUUUCCUUUUUCCUCGGCGCUUCAGAGGAUGAGCAUUGUAGCUCGUGUGCUGGGGGAGAAGCGUAUGGAUGCCUACAUGAAGGGAGCACCAGAAGCUGUGGCUAGUCUUUGUAAGAAGGAGACAGUUCCAGAAAACUUUGCAGAAGUUUUGGAGAGCUACACUAGGGAGGGCUUCAGAGUGAUUGCUUUGGCUCAUCGUCGUCUGGAAGCAAAGCUGACCUGGCACAAAGUCCAGAACAUCGGCAGGGAUCACAUAGAGUCAAACAUGGAGUUCCUGGGUCUGAUCAUCAUGCAGAACAAACUGAAGGCUGAAACUCCAGGAGUCCUGCAGGACCUUCAUAAAGCCAACAUUCGCACUGUCAUGGUUACUGGUGACAACAUGCUAACAGCCAUCUCUGUGGCCCGUGACUGUGGAAUGAUCCCCCCUGAAGACAAGAUCAUCAUAGCUGAUGCCCUUCAUCCUCAUGAUGGACAAGCUGCCAAAAUCACAUGGAGAUAUGCAGACAAACCCCAAAAACCACGACUGGAGGAAAUUAACAUCAAUUUCGAGGAUGUGAGUCACGUAGAGGAGCCAAAAACACAAGAAAUGUACCACUUUGCUAUGAAUGGAAAAUCGUUUGCAGUAAUUGCUGAACAUUUUCCUGAUAUGCUUCAAAAGCUUGUGCUGCACGGGACAGUGUUUGCCAGAAUGGCGCCUGAUCAGAAAACCCAGCUGAUUGAAACACUGCAGGGAGUAGAUUACUUUGUGGGGAUGUGUGGAGAUGGAGCAAACGACUGUGGGGCACUAAAGAGAGCACAUGGUGGGAUCUCCUUGUCGGAGCUUGAAGCCUCCGUUGCUUCCCCUUUCACCUCAAGGACCCCCAACAUCUCCUGUGUCCCAAGCCUCAUCAGGGAGGGGCGUGCCGCUCUCAUCACCUCCUUCUGUGUCUUCAAGUUUAUGGCCCUGUACAGCAUCAUCCAGUACAUCAGCGUCACCCUCCUCUAUUCGAUUCUAAGUAACCUUGGAGAUUUCCAGUUCCUCUUUAUUGACAUUGCUAUCAUUCUCCUCAUUGUAUUUACCAUGAGUCUGAACCCUGCAUGGAAAGAGCUGGUCUCCCGCCGCCCCCCAUCAGGACUGAUCUCAGGGCCUCUGCUGUUCUCCGUGUUGACCCAGAUCCUCAUCUGCUUGAGCUUCCAGACUAUUACAUUCCUUUGGGUCCGACAGCAGCCCUGGUACACCACUUGGACUCCUCUUACAGAUGUUUGCAACCUCUCUUCAAACCAAAAUUUGUCUGACCACAACGACACAGAGAUAGACGAGCACAACAUCCAAAACUUUGAGAACACGAGCCUCUUCUACGUCUCCUCCUUCCAGUAUCUCAUUGUUGCCAUCGUUUUCUCCAAAGGCAAACCUUUUCGGCAGCCUAGCUACAAAAACUGGCCUUUUGUACUUUCUGUUGUGAGUUUGUACUUUUUUCUGCUGUUCAUCAUGUUUCAUCCCGUUAAAGGCAUCGAUGAGUUUCUAGAGAUAGUUUGUGUUCCAUUUGAGUGGAGGGUAAAGCUUUCCCUGGUCAUUGUAGUCAAUGCUGCUGUGUCUGUUGUGGUGGAGACCUUCGUCCUUGAUGUCGUCUUAUGGAAGCUUGUGUUCAGCAGAGACAAACAGAGCAACUUUGGCAUCACCCCUGCUGCCCCGACAUCACAGGGGGUAAUUGACCUACGUGCACACAAGUGUUUGUCCUGGCUGUGCUGCCCAUAUAAGAAGGCGCCCAAAGCUCGGUACAUGCAUCUUGCUCAGGAGCUCAGCGUGGACCCCGACUGGCCCCCGAAGCCAACCACCACCACUGAAGCCAAGCCCCGCCCAGACAACUGCUCUUCCUAUCAAAUCAUGAUUGGUUCCUAGCACUCCCCAUCCCCACAUCUCCAUCCUCCAUAGAAUAGAAGAAACAGGCGUGUUUGAUAUGCUCGAGCUUAUCAGGAUAAUUUUCUGCCUUCACAAUUCAUACAUCCAGUUUUUUGCUAGUUUUGCAAAAACUGGGUUACACAAAUACCAAAUAAACUUCAGAUCCACAUUGUUGUGGGUGUCUUUGGCACACCUCUGUUCUGAUGCUCUCAGGUUUCAUUUGUUUACUCUAUUUCAUUUAAAAAGACCUUAACCGUGAAGAUAAAUGUUCUUUAAUGCUACGUCUGUUCAUCAAAGCAGAGCAUUAAACACAAACCCUUCAUGUCUGUCUAGAAAUGCGAGUAAGGAAAAGCCAAGUUCAUAAACACUUCAGAGCUACGCUCAGCCAGAAAUGUAUCCAAUCUAGUUAUUAAUAAUUUUAUUAACCAUGUCAGUACUUCACUUAAGAUUUAGACAAAGUUGCUUAAGGAAAAAGAAACAAAGCACUGAAAUGCAACUUCAAAUACUAGCCAAGAUGGAGGGUUUGCUGUUAGACCUGGUCAGACUGAAAUCUGUGCAAAGAUUGAUAUGUGAUGGAAUGAUCUGGAAGGGUUUAUGAGAACAGAGGAAAGUAGGGCACAUCCAACAUGAUCCACUCUUUCUGAGCUGCGUUCACACAAAGCCUGGCUGAAGCACAGCAGGCCCUGGCUGCUACUGUGUAGUAGUCGUAACACAGACUUUAGUUUAGGCACCUGGUGAGUCCAGGUUAAAGAUGGAUGGGAGGUAGGUUACUCCUCUGAAACCAGCAUACGGCCAGUUGGUGAUUGAAUUCAAUGUUCAUUUAAACAUUUACCACUCAAAAGAUGUGUAUUCAUACUUGAAUAUUUACACAAAACAACUGUUUUUGUUGUCUUUCUGCUAACAUUGUUCAGAAGAGAAGCCAUGAAACCCCGUUAACGGGCGCUGCCAAGUUGUAUUUUUGUUGUCAGAGUCAGCACACUGCACGUGGGAUUAGAGGUUAAGCAUCAAAUAACUAAUAUCUAAGCUGUUUUUGGUGAGGUGGGGGGUAAUUUGGAUAAACGGUAGCAAGGUACAGACAUGAAAAUCCCUCACGCAGAUACAUCCUUUUAAAAAAUAAAUUUAAGUACCUCUAUCUGCUCUUGACUCAAAGAAAAGCCCAAGUCUAAAUAGUCCAAAGUUGAUGCUAAAGCCAUUUUAAAUGAACCGCUGCCAACUAACUCGCACCGACAACCCGCCCACCAAACAGAGCGCCAUGAUUGGACCAGCACUAGACUUCCCGGGGCUGCGGAGGAUCCAAUGGAGCGUAACUAGACAGACUUGCAGAAGCAAAAUCAUUUUGUCUGUCUAGAUUUCUAUCCUAAGAUAAUUUACAUCAGAUAAAGAGACAAAGUGUGUUUUUAUUUUCUAUUGUUUUAAUAAGUUCCAUUAAUUUUCAGGAGUCUUGAGCUCCGGUCCUCGUGGGCCACUAUCCAUCAUGUCUUAGUUGUUUCCCUGCUCCAACACCAAAUUUUAACCAGCAGGUGAUUAACAGGUUGAACAGAUGACUCAACCAUUGAAACAAGUAUGAGAGUAGGGAAACAACAACCAACAUGCUGAACCAGAGUUUGAGGAGGUUGUAAUUAAAACCUAUUUGUCAGCCGACCCCUAGGGGCACUUGAUUUGUUUCAGCUGCAACUUUUGUGUCAUACUCCUCUAGCUCUAAUAUGUGUGUUACACAUGAUUCAUUCAAACCAGAAAGGCAAAUUGGAGGAAGUGCUCUAUUUUAAAAAGCACAAUUUUAUCACAAGAUGAUUCACUUUUUUUUUUCUAAUGUACAAAGGAUUUAACACGAAUGAAAUAGCGUUUUUUUCUAUUUUCUGCUAACUAUUGUGUCCUUUAUCACAAAUAUGGACUAAAUUGUGAGGUGGACACGGCUAUUAACUUGGGGUUAAGACUUGAAUUGGAGUACUGAACUAAAUAGGCCUUGUUGUUCAGGAGUAUAUAAAAUAUUUGACCUAUUGACAUGCAGUCAUGCCAAAGUAUUGGAGGGCAAUUGAGGGUUUUAAUAAAAGUAUGUCUCUGAAACAAGUGAAUGGCUCUACAUUCAAGCUUGUGUCAUAACACGUGUUAAUAUUGUCUCGUCAUACUGUUCUGAUAAAUGCAAGUUUCUGAUGUUCUGAUCAGGAUCUGGUUUUUCUUCUGGUUUAUUUAUCAAACAACCCACUUUUCAGCUCCCAGAAAUGCCGUCCUCUCGUUGAGCCUUGCAGCUGUCCGCGUCGCUACAAAACACUAGUGUGUGCACUCCUGUCAGCAUCAAAGACUUGCAUGAAUUCAGCUGCUUAUGAAAGCCUGAUGAUUGAAGCUAGGCGUUUUGCAUCUAAUGUGGCUUUAGUGUAGAAAAUAAAAGAAAAAAUGUCAGCCUGUGUAUUGUAGAAAAUGAUUCCCCCAGACGGCAUGUAUCUUGCUGAUGAUCAUAAACCGUUACCCACAUGCAUGCGACUUUACGAAUGAAACCUUCAUAAAUCCUCAAACUCUUUUCAGAUCAUCUCUGUGAAUCAGUUCCUGCUUAAACAUUUUUUUUUUUAAAAAAGCUAAAUUUCUUCCUGUGGAAGAUUGGUUUGAAAUAAAAAAGUAAAUUAAAGCAACGAUUUGGGCGUCUCACCUGCGUUCAGCUCUUUCCAGGAUAUUUGACAGAUUGAUGCUAAUUGUAUAGCUGAAUUAAUCUAUUUUGCAUAUCUUCUCAUAGUUAAGGGCUAUAGUUUAUGUUCUGUGCUUUGUAUCAUUUAAGAUGAGCUGUUAAUCUUAAAUUUGACUGAUUUUCAUGGACACGGUUUUAUUUUGACAACCUAUCCAUUUUGAAAUGUUGCAUAGAUGUGAUAAAAGCUGGUGCAUACUGAUGACAAGCAGUGUGUUUUCGAUUAAAUUUAUACUGUCUGAGUUGCCCCAAAAUAGUUCAAAAAUGUCGUGUUUUUCUGUUGUGUUUUAAGAGCGAGUGCUUAGCAGAAAAUGAAACACAAUACUGUAAUCACGGUUUUUCAUCGCAUUGGACCUGACUGUAAACAAGUAAAGUUAGAUUUUUAGCUCUGUGUCAAGAAAACGAGAACCGAAAUGAAAACUAGGUGUAAUAAUAUUUCAGGUUAGCUGAUCUGUAUAUAUGAGAUGUACAUUUCUAUUGUCUUCUAAGGAGUACAGAUUUAAGUAUCUAAAAUGUUUGUAUCUUGAUUUAUGAAAGGGCCGGUGUGUGUUCUACUUUCUGUUGGUACUAUGUUGCAAUCAGUUGUCUUUUUGAUUUGUGUGUGUUGGAUUUAUGUGCUUUCACUUUUAUUGUGGCGUUGAGGUUUUAACUGGGCAUGAAUCCUGGGCAUUCGCUUCAGUUUGCAUCCAGUUGUUGCAAAGAUCUGAAGAGGUAAAUGGUGUAGCCAAAUCCUGUUAAAUGUGGAUGAAACUACAUUUUGAACACUCAAAGGUGGCAGAAGAUGCUCACGCAGGUUUAGAAAGUUGAACUCUAGUUAGUGUCGUAGACUUUUGCCUCCUUUUAUCAAAGCUUUAUUAUUCUGACACAAGAAGGGAAUUCUGGCACAUUUUAAGUUUGACCAUUCAGUUUGCACCUUGUGUCAAAAUGAAAAAGUAACUGGCAAACAGGAUGUGUGUCGCUGUUUAAUUACAGCAGGUCUUUCAGUAAUUAUCGUAAAGCUGCUACCAAGUUUGCUGCCUUCACCUUUCAUAUCUGGGAAGGAAAAUGUUUAAAGUUUAAAUGCUGAUGCAGCGUUCCUUGUUUUCCUGCUAAUGCAACAAAGUUUAGCGAAAGCAGCAAAUUGAGUGAUAACUUUAUAUAUUUUUAUUCGAGGUACAACCAGCUGUUCACUUUAAAUCAUGUUCUCAAUCGAUGGAAUUCAGAUUAGUGAAUGACUCGUGUCCAUGUCGUUUCCUCAGGGAAAUGUCUGUAAAGAAAAUAUAGUUGAGCUGAAAUCCAAAUCAAAUGGAAAUUUUAAUGUUAAAACUUUUUUUUUCUUGUUGAAUUGUAUCCAAUCUGCAAGUUUACAAUUCUCAAGUGUAUUUUCAGCUCCCACACUUCCCUGUUCAGAUCACCAGACAUGCUUUUUUAAAAUUUUGGCUAAAAUGUUCAUCGUUUAGAAUAUUUUUUUGUACUUAAUUAUUUAUUAGAGAUUUAUUCUUGAUUUAUUUCUUUUCAAUAAAUGUUUUAAAGGUG